UCGCAUAGAAUUCCUCUUCUUUCGGUUAACUCCAAUAAAAAACCGUGUUCAAUUGAAAAUCCAUCCAUUCAUCUUUCCCCUCUUCCAUAUUUCCAUUGACAUCCCAAAAAAGAAAAUUUCGUCGAAAUCCCUUCCCAUUACAGACAGAUAUUGUUGAAGAAAAUGUCAUUUUACGGUUCAAAGAGUAAUGUUGACCUCGAGGCAGGCAAUGGCCAACUCUACCCGGGCAUGCAAGAAAAUCCACAAUUGCGAUGGGCUUUCAUCCGCAAAGUUUAUUCCAUCCUUUGCAUACAGUUGCUUAUAACUUUUGGGGUUUCUCUUGGCAUGUUUUUCAUCCCUCCGGUUCGAGAAUUUUUGCGUUCAACAAAUGGCCUUUACACCAUGAUCGCUCUCAUUGUUGUUACCUUCGUACUGUGCAUAUUAAUGCAUUGCGUUAGCAAGCGUCAUCCAUGGAACUAUGUUGUGAUGUUUCUCUUCACCUUUGCAAUGGCAUUUAUGAUUGGAGCAGUUUGCAAUCAGAAGAAAGGUGAAACUGUCUUGAUGGCUGCUGGUCUAACACUUCUUGUCACUGUUGGCCUCACUGUCUACACAUUCUGGGGUGCAAAGAGAGGCCAAGACUUCAGUUUUCUUGGCCCAUUUUUACUUUGUGCAUUGCUCUUGCUCUUGGCAUUUACUCUUAUUCGGAUCCUCUUUCCUAUGGGAAGAUUGGGAGAGCUGGUGAUAGGUUGCAUUGGAGCACUCGUGUUCUCGGGUUUUAUCGUAUACGAUACAAACAAUCUGAUCAGGCGAUUCAACUAUGAUGAGUAUAUCGAAGCAGCAUGUAAUCUCUUCCUCGACGUAUUAAACCUCUUCAUGUAUAUUCUCAUGAUUCUGAAUGGUGAUGAAUAGGAGAUCUCACACCAGUUAAAAGUACUUAAUAUCCUAUACUUGCACUUAAUGUAUGUUGGCUACUGAUUAGAUGUAUGGAAGGAACUUUUGUUUA